CUAUAUCGUUGGUCAUCGUUGCACGUGCCAACCAGUGCCAACGUGUGCACGCCUUGUUUGAAAUUCGUGGCGGUGAGAAGUGAGGUUAAAAAUCUAUUAAUUUGGAACAUCAGCAAAUUCGAAGGGACUAUCAUGGAAAUCGAGUCUAUUAAGAAGAAUCGUCUUAAAACGAAAUCGAAGGAUAAGGCCAUGAGCACGAAUAAGGACCAUAAGGACGAAACUCAGAUACAAAUACGUUUUAUAACCAAGCAGCAGCAAUUUGCGGUACCAGAUUAUCCCUUAUCGGUUCAUAGCUCGAUAAUAACUGACGAAUUAAACACCCUGGUAAAUGAACUUCUGAAAGAGUCGAAUGAUAUCCAAGACCAAGUGGAGUUUGAUUUCCUGAUAUGCUCACAGUUUCUACGUAGCUCUUUGAUAGAACAUAUCACUGAUAGAGAAAUUUCUACAGAGGAUGUGAUAGAUAUAGAAUAUGUAGAAAAGCAUCCUUCACCAGAGCCAAAGGAUUGCCUAAUACAUGAUGAUUGGGUAUCAGCUGUUGCUGUUUGUGGAAAAUGGAUCCUAACUGGUUCUUAUGACAAUAUGUUACACAUUUGGACAUUGAAAGGCAAGCAUCAUCUUGUGAUUCCUGGACAUGUAUCUCCUGUCAGGGCAGUAGCUUGGAUAUCUCUCAAUGACGAUAAUGCUUCCUUCGUUAGCGCAUCAAUGGACCAGACGUGUAUGAUAUGGAAUUGGGAUAUAACGAAGAAUUCUGUGGAAUGUGUACAUAUCUGCAAAGGACACAGAAGAAGCAUUGAAGCAGUCAGCAUUAAUUACGAUAAAACGUUAAUGGCAACUGGUGCUUGGGAUAAUAUGCUAUAUAUUUGGUCAACAUCUACACAUGAGGAUGACAAUGAUGGAGAAUCCGCGUCGAAAAGAGCAAGAUCGGAAUACGCGAAUAAAACGAAGACGCCGAAAUGCGCGAUGAAAGGACACAAACAAGCGAUCAGUGGGAUCGUGUGGUCUGACAAAACAGAAAUCAUUACUGGUUCAUGGGAUCACACUAUAAAAACUUGGGAUACCGAAUUAAACGGCAUUAAACAGGAAAUAUAUGGUGACAAGUGUUUCUUUGACAUUGAUUAUUCGCCAUUGUCGCGUGUCGUGAUAGCGGGAUCAGCCGACCAACAUGUGAGGCUGUAUGAUCCAAGGUCUACAGAAGGUACGAUUGUAAAAGCUAGAUUUACCUCUCACACGCAAUGGGUGACGACAGUACGUUGGUCGACCAUAGACGAGCACCUUUUUAUUUCAGGAGCAUAUGAUAAUAUCGUCAAGCUCUGGGACACGAGAAGCCCCAAGGCACCGCUGUUUGAUCUCCUAGGACACGAAGACAAAGUCCUCAGCUGCGAUUGGUCCAAUCCUAAAUUGAUAAUGUCCGGUGGUGCAGACAAUACAUUAAGGAUAUUCAAAUCCAACCACGUAGAGCAUUAAUUACAAAUGGAUUACAAAUAGAAUUUGUUAUAAAGUAUUGUUCGCUAACAAAACGAUCUUCUCCCGUUUCAUAAGACAAUGUGCAUAAAUUUGUCAUAUUGAUAGUUAAUAAAAUUUAAAUUAGAAAAUUAACAAAAAUAGAUUAUUACGUAAAAGGCGUCUCAAUCACUUUUUGUGAUGACUAUGUAAUUUUUAUCUUUCGCGUUUGAGAAUCUUUUUCUUAGUUUACACUAAAUGAUGUGCUGCUUUUUUAUAUUGGAAAUGAAAAUAUAUUGACGAGUCCAUCGAAAAAUCGACUUUAUAUUCAAUGAUAUAAUAUCGUAUGUGAAGAAU